AGUUGGGCUUAUAAGGCCUAUAACGCUAAUGAAGUUGAUAAAAUUCAUUCAUAAUCUUAUUAGCACCAUAAACUGUGAUUUAAUUAGGCCUGAUCAAAUUGGUCAAUUGAAAAACCAAGCAUUUUAACAACAAUGAGUCAAACGGUACUGGUAACCGGUGGGACCGGGCUGGUUGGAAAAGCGAUUGAAAUGGUUAUCAGCGAUGAAAAGCCGAAAAAUGAGGAAUGGGUAUUCGUUGGAUCCAAGGAUGCUGACCUAACCAAUCUAGAAUCAACUCGAGCCUUGUUUGAAAAGCACAAACCAACACAUGUGAUACAUCUGGCCGCUAUGGUAGGCGGAUUAUACCACAACAUGGGCAAUAACUUGGAUUUUCUUAGGAAGAACAUGCAAAUGAACGACAACGUACUGCUUCUGUGCCAUGAAUUCAAAGCGAAGGCCGUUUCGUGCUUAUCUACGUGUAUUUUUCCAGACAAAACUCCGUAUCCUAUCGAUGAAACUAUGAUUCACAACGGACCUCCUCAUGACUCCAAUUACGGGUACAGCUACGCUAAACGGUUGAUUGAUAUCACAAAUCGUUCCUAUCACGAUCAGUAUGGGGAUCUGUUCACUUCCGUUGUUCCUUGCAACGUUUUUGGACCGCACGACAACUUUACACCCGGUGUCAGUCAUGUGAUUCCCGGUAUGAUUCAUCGGUUGCAUGAGAUCAUCUAUUUGAAGGACCUUGAAACACCGCAAGAGGAGAAAGUCUUUCCGGUGUACGGUACUGGAAAACCGCUUCGGCAGUUCAUAUACUCGAAGGAUCUAGCGAAGCUAAUCAUUUGGGUGCUCCGUAGCUACACUAGCGUUGCUCCUAUCAUUCUCUCCGUAGACGAGGAAGCUGAGGUUUCCAUUGCCCAGCUGGCGGAAUCAAUCGCAAAGGCUUUCGAAUUUAAAGGCAAACUGGUAUUCGAUGCCAGUUAUGCCGAUGGGCAGUACAAGAAGACAGCAUCCAAUGCGAAGCUACGGAAACUACGUCCCGAUUUUCAGUUUACUGAUUUCGAUACUGCCAUUAAGCAGGCGGUCCAGUGGUAUGUAGAAAAUUAUGAUCAGGCAAGGAAAUAAUAUAUUUUUGUCAAUAA